ACACACCAACUUCCAUUUCAUAAUAAUCCAUUCUCACUUCACAACAACAUGGAGUCCUACCCUCCCGUUUUCCGCUGCCAACAGAUCACACCCCUAGACCAAGAUGACUCCCAUGACCCAAUUCACGAUCCGGAUCCUGUGCCAGUCAUAGAUCUUGAGAGCUUGCACCAUAAUAUUGAUGAUGACAAUAACAUCAAUAAGAAGAUUCUAGAGGAGGCUUGUGAAGAUUGGGGACUAUUUCGUUUGGUUAACCAUGGAGUUCCACCAACACUUUUGAAGAAGCUUCAGGACCUAGCCAAAGAGCUAUUUUCAUUGCCAUUUGAGUCCAAAAAAACGGCGUAUGACGGCGCCCCUAUGACAUACUUUUGGGGUACAGCUCUUGUAACACAAUCUGGAACAGCAAUAACAAGAGAUCCUCAAAAUAUGAAUAGGGUUGAAGGUUUCUCUGUGCCGUUGACCCACCUCUCUAAUUUCCACCCUCAGCUUCCAACGCUUGAGUGCAUGAGACUUAUGUUGAUGGACUAUGAAACUCACCUCUCAAGAAUUGCUACAACUUUAUUCGAGGCUAUGGCGAAGAACCUUGGCCUGAAUUUGGAAACCUGCAAGUCAUAUUUAUCAGUAGACACUGGGGUGGUUCGUGUGUAUCGAUACCCACAUGGUUUAGUUGGUUUGGGAAUGGAAGUGCAUACAGAUAGCUCAAUCUUGUCCAUUUUGAACCAAGACGACCAAGUCAGUGGACUAGAGGUGCUCAAAGAUGAUCGCUGGCUAACUGUCAAACCCAUUUCCAACACAUUGAUUGUCAACCUUGGAGACAUGAUGCAGGCAAUAAGUAAUGACAGAUACAAGAGUGUGUCGCACAGAGUGAAGGUAAGCAAAAAUAUUGAUAGGAUCUCAAUAUGCUACUUUGUGUUCCCUGGUGAAGACGUUGUGAUUGAGAGUACAAAGUACAAGCCCUUCACUUACAAUGAGUUCAGAGCACAAGUGCAGCAAGACAUCAAGGCCCUUGGCUAUAAAGUUGGGCUUGCAAGGUUUAAUCAGAUCCAGGACUGUUAAGCUUCAGUGCUGUUAAAAAGACCUACAUUCCUUGUCCACUGAACAAAAAAGAGGUUUAUUGGCUGCGAGUCAAAAAUUUGAUCUCAAUCUUGUUUCUAAUUCUAUUAUGUUAUGUGUACCACGAAAUGGUACAUAUACGUUGGGAGAUCUUUUUUUUCUCUAUUUCCUUUCCAAUCACAUCAUACUUAUUAGUUGACUUUCA